UCGGUUUUGUUUAUCACCGGAUUCUGAUAUGGGACUCGGAUUGUAUUUUAUUUUACUCACUCCGUUGUUUUUGGGACUUGUGGGGAUAUUAUGGUUGAGGCAGAAGGAGAAGAGGAAGAGUGUUUGCAUUAUUGUCUUGGGGGAUGUGGGGAGAAGUCCCAGGAUCCAGUACCAUGGGAUUUCAUUCCUAAAGGAGGGAUUCGAUGUUGAGAUCGUUGGUUAUGCCGGAUCGACACCACUGGAGGAUCUUCAGAGGCAUGAGAAUGUGAGGAUGAGGUACCUGAAGCCAGUGCCAGCUUGGAAUGAUCGUUUACCCAAAUUAUUGUCAUACGUAUUCAAAACAAUCUGGCAGAGUGCAACACUCAUCUUCGAACUCCUCAAGAACAUCCGCUCGAGGUACCUGAUGAUUCAGAAUCCCCCAGCAAUCCCGACAAUUCCAAUCUGCUGGCUAUUUUGUCGAUUGAGCGCCACUUGUUUCGUGAUCGAUUGGCAUAAUUACGCUUACACAAUAAUGGCGUUGUCAAUUGGGCGGGAGAAUUUCCUCGUCAAGACUACGAUGUUCAUUGAGGGAUACUUUGGUGCUAGGGCUGAUCAGAAUUUCUGUGUUACGAAGGCUAUGAAGGAAGAUCUCGAUCAGAAGUGGAACAUAAAAGCUACGGUUCUGUACGAUCGACCGCCUCAGGAGUUCAAGCCCAUUGAAUUACCAGAGAAGCAUAAUUUACUGGUUAAACUGAGUGAAAAAUAUGAGGAGUUUAGGGGGAAAGAGGAAGGAAGUACUGUUUUAACUGAGGUGAUGCCCUAUGGGGAAAUUAAAUUGAGGAGAAAGAGACCAGCAUUCAUUGUUUCUAGCACCAGUUGGACUGAGGAUGAGGAUUUUUCAAUCUUGUUUCAAGCUCUAGCAGAGUAUGAGAUUGCCUGCUGUUCUGAGAAUUCAAAUUUACCAGAUUUGAUCUGUGUUAUCACUGGUAAAGGCCCUCUGAAGGAUUUCUGGAAUGCAAUAAUUGAGUUGAGAAAGUGGAAGCACGUGAAAAUCGUCACUCCCUGGUUGGAGAAUGAGGACUACCCCAAGUUAUUAGCCAGUGCUGAUCUAGGGGUAUGUCUCCACACAUCCUCCAGUGGCCUCGAUUUACCAAUGAAGGUCGUGGAUAUGUUCGGUUGUGGCCUGCCAGUAUGUGCUUACAAUUACCAAUGCUUGAGUGAACUCGUUAAACACGAGGAGAACAGUCUCGUCUUUACUGAUUACAAAGAUCUCUCUCAACAACUGAUCUACUGGUUCACGAAAUUCCCCAACAACAUCGAACAACUCGAGAGAGAAUCCAAAUUCCGUAACGAACUGAAAGCAUUCCAGCAGAUGAGAUGGCACGGUAAUUGGUCGACGGUAGUUUUCCCAUGCUUCAACUAAUUCAGUCCCCCAAACUCAUGUUUUAUAUAAUUUCAAUGGUUUUUUUUGCAAUGUAAAUACCCGACAUUUUUUUCAGUUUUAAGUGUUCUUUCACAUUUGUGAUUUGUUUUUGGUAUUGACGAGAGAGAUUAAUAAUCAAUCUUCAAAGUUUAUUUUUGUAUUAUUUAAGUACUGAAGCGAGUAAACGUAAUAAUUCAAAUUGAACAAUUUCUUGGAAUCGGGAUUUUAUUUCGAGAACAAACGAUUUUGGGGGAAAUUGCCACGAGACUUUUUUUUUGCUGAAUUUCCGCAAUACAUUUCUUUGACAUUCUCUCCUGAAGUUUACUAUUUUCGAAAUAAUUUCAUGUUCAAUAAGAUCGGUAAAAUCUAGUUUUCAUCACUUCACUACUGAUUCCAUGUUUUGCUUGCACUCGUCACGUCUUAAAUAAGUUUUUCAUCUGAAAAGAAUUGAUGAAAUGCUCCUCGUGGAAUAAAAAUUAAGACUCGACAUGUUUUCUUUUUUUUUAAAUUGAUUUUAAGCAUUUCGUGCUUAAAAUAAACAUUCCCCAAACUCAUAUUUUAUAUAAUUUCAUUGUUUUUUUUUUUUCAAUAUGAACACCCGAAAUUUUUUUCAUUUCUAAGUGUUUGUUUACAAUCGUCAUUUAUGUUUCUGGUAUUUUUUUUUGUAUUAUUGCAGUGAUGACGCGAUAAAAUCUCACAAUUCCAAUUGGAAAUUUCUCAGAAUUGUGAUUUUAUCUCGAGAACAAAUGAUUUUAGGAGAAAAUGUUCGGAAAUUUCUUUCGUUGAAUGAAUUUCCUCAAUAAAUUCCCUUGACAUUCUCCCCCAAAGUCUGUCGUUUUCGAAAUAGUUUCAUGUUCAAUAAGAUGGGUAAAAUCCCCCUUUUCAUCACUUCACUACUGAUUUCACAUUUUUCUCGCUCUCGUCAAGUCUUAAAUAAGUUUCUCACCCCAAAAGAAUUGAUAAAAUUCUCCCCGCGGAAUAAAAAUUAAGACUCAACCUAA